GGAUAAAAAGAAGAGCAACUGGAGGGACUAUAAGGCAAACGUUGCUGGAGCUGCCGGGGCAAAGUUGCAUGGUUGGACCCUGGAAAUGGGAUGCCAGUCCCAUUUGGGGAGCAUAAAGGAAGAAAGAAAAUCUCCUAGCUGUUGCUGCCACCGUGACAGCGAGUGAGAGGCAGAGGCAGGAAAAUGUCGACAGUCACAUCAGCCAUCCAGGCUCCUCAGGGCCCUGUGAAUCCACCGCCUCCAGAGGUCACUAAUCCUAAUAAGCCUGGGCGGAAGACCAACCAAUUGCAAUAUAUGCAAAAUGUUGUGGUAAAGACCUUGUGGAAGCAUCAGUUUGCUUGGCCUUUCUACCAACCAGUUGAUGCAAUUAAAUUGAAUUUACCAGAUUAUCACAAAAUAAUAAAAAACCCCAUGGACAUGGGGACGAUCAAGAAGCGCCUGGAACAUAACUAUUAUUGGAGUGCCAGUGAAUGUAUGCAGGAUUUCAACACCAUGUUUACAAAUUGUUACAUUUACAACAAGCCUACAGAUGACAUCGUCCUCAUGGCCCAAGCCCUGGAGAAGAUAUUUCUGCAGAAGGUUGCCCAGAUGCCUCAGGAGGAAGUUGAAUUAUUACCCCCAGUUCCUAAAGGCAAAGGUCGCAAGCCAUCAGCAGGUGCACAGAGUGCAGGAACGCAGCAAGCAGUGGCCGUGUCUUCCGUCUCCCCGCCGGCCCCGUUCCAGAAUGUCCCUCCAGCCGUGUCUCAGACGCCCGUCAUUGCUGCCACCCCUGUGCCAACCAUCACUGCUAAUGUACCGCCUGUCACUGCCCCUCCUGCCGCUGCUCCCCCUCCGCCUCCUGCUCCGAUAAUGCCCGUGGUUCCUCCUACGCCACCGGUAGUCAAGAAAAAGGGAGUGAAGCGAAAAGCGGACACAACCACCCCCACCACCUCUGCGAUCACUGCCAGCCGAAGCGAGUCGCCCACCCUCCUCUCAGACCCCAAGCAGGCCAAAAUCAUCGCUCGACGGGAGAGCGGUGGCCGACCCAUCAAACCACCAAAGAAAGACCUUGAAGAUGGAGAGGUCCCCCAGCAUGCAGGGAAGAAGGGCAAACUCUCUGAGCACCUCAAGUACUGUGACAGCAUUCUCAAGGAGAUGCUCUCAAAAAAGCAUGCAGCCUAUGCAUGGCCCUUUUAUAAGCCUGUUGAUGCAGAGGCCUUGGAAUUACAUGACUAUCAUGAUAUUAUCAAACACCCCAUGGAUCUCAGUACUGUUAAAAAAAAAAUGGACAGUCGAGAAUACCAGGAUGCACAAGGUUUUGCAGCAGAUAUUCGGUUAAUGUUCUCUAAUUGUUACAAGUACAAUCCUCCAGACCACGAAGUGGUAGCCAUGGCCAGGAAGCUCCAGGAUGUCUUUGAGAUGAGGUUUGCAAAGAUGCCUGAUGAGCCUGCAGAGGCCCCACCUCCACCUCCCCCAACAGCACCAGUGGUAAGCAAAAGCACAGAGAGCAGUCACAGCAGUGAGGAAAGCUCCUCUGACUCGGAUAGCUCUGACUCGGAAGAAGAGCGGGCGACUCGGCUAGCAGAGCUUCAGGAGCAGCUAAAAGCUGUCCAUGAGCAGCUAGCUGCAUUGUCACAAGCGCCAGUGAACAAACCAAAGAAAAAAAAAGAGAAGAAAGAAAAAGAGAAGAAAAAGAAAGACAAAGAGAAAGAAAAAGAGAAGCACAAAGUAAAAGCUGAGGAGGAGAAGAAACCCAAGGUGGCUCAGCCACCGAAACAAACCCAGCAGAAGAAAGCCCCAGCUAAAAAAGCAAACAGCACGACCACAGCUAACAGGCAGCCCAAGAAAGGAGGCAAACAGGCAUCUGCAACCUAUGAUUCCGACGAGGAGGAGGAAGGUCUGCCUAUGACCUAUGAUGAGAAACGACAGCUCAGCUUGGACAUCAACCGCCUGCCAGGGGAGAAGCUGGGCAGGGUCGUGCACAUCAUCCAGUCGCGGGAACCUUCCCUAAGGGACUCCAACCCCGACGAGAUAGAAAUAGAUUUUGAAACAUUGAAGCCCACAACUUUACGAGAACUGGAGAGAUACGUGAAAUCUUGUUUACAGAAAAAACAAAGGAAACCAUUUUCUGCAAGUGGAAAAAAACAAGCAGCAAAGUCUAAAGAAGAGUUAGCUCAGGAAAAGAAGAAAGAACUAGAAAAACGGUUACAGGAUGUCAGCGGGCAGCUAAACAACAACAAGAAACCUGCGAAGAAAGAGAAAUCCGGCUCCGCUCCGUCCGGAGGCCCCUCCCGGCUCAGCAGCAGCAGCUCCUCGGAGUCGGGGAGCAGCAGCUCCAGCGGCUCCAGUUCGGACAGCAGCGAUUCGGAGUGACUUACGGACACUUACAGACAAAACACAAAACGGACAUCACCCUCACCAGUACUCUGCAGAGUUCCCUUCUCGCGUUAAUAUACCGCUCUUGUUCCACGGUGGUCAGGUUUCUUUCUCUUUUUUUCUCUCUUUCUCACUCUGAUUUUUAUUUUAUUUUUUAAUUCAGUGUUAUAAAAAGGAUCUUCCAUUUUUUUUGGGGGGGUGCUUUUAAUAGGUCAAAGAUCUUUGCGUGUGCGUGAGUGUGACUAGACUUUAUGACAAAUAGUUCCCUUUGCAUAAAGUCUCUAAAAUACAUUUUUACUGAAGAAGGUGGGAAAUGGAAGAACUUUGAGCUCUUAGCAAGAGAUCACUAGAAAGUCCUGUGAGGUUUGUAGUACGCUUCCCUCGCACCCCUUCCCCUCUCUCCCCAAACCUUCCCUUUUAAUAAGCCCACUUAGCUCACACAAGGAAAAAAAUCUUUUUUUUUUUUUUUUGUAAAGAAAUCUCUGUAAAAUGGUACUGUAUCUGAAAGAUGUUAGCUUUUGAACCUAGUUGGUGUGUGUGUUAUUAGCACUAGUAUUCUUAAUCUCGAAGUCUACAGUGUGAUGGAAAUGUCAGAUGCUACCAUCUUUUUACAUAAAAACAAAAAAGAAAAAAAAAUCUCAUGUACUGUGGAUUGUUAACAUGUAUUUUUUGCUUUUUCUUUAAUCUUGGUAAGGGCAUAGGUACCUAUUCAGGAAGGUAUUUAAGCAUGAGCUUAACUUUAAACACGUGAGCAAUAGGAGUGGUUGCUUUUUUUUGUUUGUUUUUCUGCUCAAUGUUUUAAUUUUUCUUGGGGAAACACUGGGAAGAGAAGGGAGCAAGAGACACUCGCAGGUUUCCUGGAAUUGUUAUUUUUAACAAAAAAUUUUGUUUAAAAUUCUUACAGGAAAAAGACACUGUGAAAGUUAUGAAAGC